AUGGAUACGCUCCCCGAACAACCAGUCUACGCAAUUGUCCCUUCACAGGGACCCUCAAUUGAAAGCGAUCGACUCCGCCUUCGGCCAGUCACUGAUGCUGAUGCCCCUGCGCUAUAUGCAGUUCGCUCCCGGUGGGAAGUUGCGCAGAUGAACCAUCCUAAAAUACCUUUCAAAUCCGUCGAAGAAACUCGUGAAUGGAUGUCAACGAAAGUCUUCACGGAGGGUCCAUCUGAUGUGCUUGGCCGCUCAUUCAACUAUGCUAUUCUGGAUAAAUCUAUCCCAGAGUCACAGGAGCAAGUCAUUGGCUCUGUGAGUAUCAAUGCCGUAUAUCCAUUCCCUGAGAUUGGAUAUGCGCUGCUCCCUGAGGCUUGGGGAAAGGGCUAUAUGACAGAAGCACUGAACUUGUUGUUGAAAAUGUGGUGGGAUCUUCCAAGGAGAACCAUUGAAGGAAGUCAGCCACCAGGGGAGAAGGAAAAGGUUUUCGCUCUUUGCGAAGUGCAGAAUGUUGGAAGCUCCGGGGUGCUGAAAAAGUGUGGGUUCAAGUUCAUCAGUGAUUAUCGACAUGAACAGGAUGAACUUAUUGUUUGGGGGUUGGAAAAGCCUUCGAUUUCAAAUUGA